AUGCUGGAGAUUUCACCAUUAUUAGCAGGAUGGAGCGGCAUAGAGAAACCUAAUGAUCAGAUCGACCUGUUCAAUCGUCGCACGCUUCGCCACUCGGGCCAAAUGCUGUUCCUCGAUGUGAAGGACAGCAUGGACCACCACGACGCCCAGCAGCUUUCUCGUCUAAAUACGGCCCAUCGCAGUGUCGCUGCUGCGCUUGUGAUUCGCCUGCGUUCCCAACGAGUUGCCAACCCGACUGGAAUCGCUGUUCUCACCCCGUACCGAAUGGAAACAUCGAAAUGUGAUGACCGCCCUGGUGCCCUGCGUCAGAAAGACAAAAGGGCAAUCGAAAAAAAAGAAAGCAUAUAA